AUGUUCUGUGUAUGUUUUGGUCAUUGUGAUGCUAAUGUUCUGUUGGAAGAGGAGCCUGAGCAGACUGUCUUCGCCUGGAACACAUUGGAAACCGUGUGGGUUUCAGGGAGCAGAUCCUAUUACAAAGAUGACAUCCUCCUGUUGAAGUCAGCAAACGGCGAAGGAGAAAGGACGCAAGGACACACUGUUCCAUCUGUGUCUCCAGCCUUCAGGAGGUCAAACCAUGCCGUCCAAACAGACGAGCCUCCGUCGUAUGAGGACGCGUUGCAGCAGCCGAAGUACGCAGACUUCCCCGCCCCCCCCACCAUGGCUUCCCCCUCCCACCGCCUCCGUCCUACAGCCCCAGCCCUGACCCCCCUGCCCCGGCGUCUACGGCAUCAGCAGGACGUCCUCUGGCUUCUACCCAAGUGCAGCGCCCACCACCGUCCCCCCCUGUCUGCCGGAGUGCCUUCGUCCAACACAGGGGACAUGGAGGACUUCCUGAGCACCCAGUUGGAGAGCACGUCCAUCCGCCACGCCUUCAUUAGGAAGGUGUACCUGACUCUGGCGGCUCAGCUCGCUGUCACCUUUUCAGUUGUUGCAGUUUUUAUAUUUGUGGAACCAGUCCAGAAGUUUGUCCAAAUAUACUCUGGCGUCUACUGGGCGUCUUUCGGCAUUUUUGUGGUGGUUUACUGCAUUCUCAUCUGCUGCAAAGAGCCCAGGAGGCGUUUCCCAUGGAACCUGCUGCUGCUGGGAGUAUUUACUCUUGCCUUGUCUUACAUGGCUGGGACUAUUUCCAGUUAUUAUGAGACUAAAGCGGUGUUUGUGGCCAUGGGCGUCACAGCCGUCAUCUGCGUGGCCGUCACACUCUUCUGCUUCCAAACUAAGGUGGACUUCACCUCCUGUGGUGGACUCCUGUGCAUCGUCUCCGUCCUGCUCGUCGUCCUGGGGAUCGUCACAGCCGUCGUUCUGUCCUUCAAAUAUGUCCCUUGGCUGCAUAUGCUGUACGCUGCAAUUGGAGCCAUCGUCCACACCCUGUUCUUAGUGUACAACACUCAGCUGCUGAUGGGGAACCGGCAGUUGGCCCUGAGUCCAGAGGAGUACAUCUACGGAGCGCUGUCCCUCUACAUCGACGUCGUGGACAUCUUCCUCUUCAUCCUCCAAAUCAGUGGAGCUGCUGACCUGGACUAAAGCUGCUCU